GGCGGGCUUCCGCUAGCAGGUUGGGUUGCGCUGGAGCCUGUGUGAGCACCGUCGGCAGUAAAGUUCCCAAAUAAAAGCUGUUUGUGUUUUGGCCGCGGCAGGGGCCAUUUUAGGAUGCCCAUCCCUAGGGAGAAGAACAACUGUACUGAGAUUCCUGCAUUUGUAGAUAAUUUCUCUUACUGUGGAGUGAUGAACACUCAGAAACUAAGCUGGCUGUCUGUACACUGGACCAUGAAAAUACAGAAGAAAGAGAAACCGCCUUCUACUUCAAAGACUUCCAAACAGCCUCUGAUACCCAGUGCCUCACCAGUUGGUGAACAUGCAUUACAGCUCUCUCACAGCAGCACCAAGGACCAACCAAGCCCCUACAGUCCAGCCAGCAGUCCAGAAGCUGCUGGUCAUCUGAUCGAGACCAGCAGCAAGAAAGUUGUACAUGGUACACAGUUGGAAGUAAGUGUGGACCAACCACUGCCUCUUACCAAGGCUGAGGAUGUCAGUACAGGGGUUAAGAAAAAAAGAAAGAAAAAAGAACCAAAGGAGGAAGCAGGUGGUGAAACAGUAACAGAUGCACCCAAACCAAAGAAGAAGAGAAAGGAGCCCAAGGGUGAUAAAGAAGCAAAAGAGGGCAAAGGAGCAAAAGAGCCCAAGGGCUCCAAAGGGUCAAGGAACCGUGGAGAGCCUAAAGAACCUAAAGGUACCAAAGGGGCCAAAGAGCUGAAGGAAUCUAAGGGUGCUAAGGAACUGAAGCAGCUGAGAGAGCCAAAAUGUAAAUCCAACACCACACCCAAAUCCAAGAGCAGCAAGAAAGCCAGCAAAGAACAAGGCCCAACACCAACCGAAAAGAAGAAGAAAGGGAAAAGGAAAAAUGGUGUUCCUGUGGAGAAUUCUGAACAGGAGCAUUCAGCAGAGAAGGCACCUUUGGCUACAGAGGAGCUGACAGAUGCUCAGAAGCGACGAUCAGGCCGUCAAGUAAAACGAAGGAAGUACAAUGAAGACUUGGACUUCAAAGUUGUCGAUGAUGCCGGUGAAACAAUUGCUGUACUGGGAACAGGGCGGAUUUCUCCGAACUCUGGCUCCUCACAGAAAGGAAACCAGACGACGGAAAGUCAGGAGGAGGAUGAGUCUGCUGUCAUUGAGAAGAUUCUGGCUCAGCGAAUAACACAGAGAGAGACCCCUGAUGGGACCACACAGGAGGUGGAAGAAUUCUAUGUCAAAUACAGGAAUUACUCGUACCUGCACUGUAAAUGGGCCACGGUGGAGGAGCUGCAGAAGGAUAAAAGGAUUCACCAGAAGAUUAAGCGUUUCAGAGCCAAGCAGGCACAGAUGAAGAAUCUUUUUGUUGAGCCUGAUGAGGAGCCCUUUAAUCCAGAUUAUGUCGAGGUUGACCGAAUCUUGGAUGUAGCACAUACAAUAGACUCUGAAACGUCUGAGCCUGUGACUCAUUACUUGGUGAAGUGGUGCUCCCUACCCUAUGAAGAAAGCACUUGGGAGCUGGUGGAAGACAUCGACCCAGUAAAGAUACAAGAAUAUGAGGAGUUGCAGAUUGUGCCUGAAAUCACACAUGUGGAACGUCCUCCCGCUGAAACAUGGAAGAAAAUGGAGUUGUCACGGCCAUACAAAGCAGACAACAGACUCAGGGAAUACCAGCUGGAGGGAAUGAACUGGCUGCUCUUCAACUGGUACAACAGAAAAAAUUGCAUCCUGGCGGAUGAAAUGGGUCUGGGGAAGACAAUCCAAUCAAUUACAUUUCUGUAUGAAAUAUACUUGAUGGGAAUCCGGGGCCCUUUCCUCAUUAUUGCACCUCUCUCCACAAUAGCCAACUGGGAGCGGGAGUUCCGCACGUGGACGGAGGUAAAUGUCAUCGUAUACCACGGGAGUCAGAUCAGUCGGCAGAUGAUUCACCAGUAUGAAAUGCACUACAAGGACUCUGAGGGUGUUCCCAUCCAGGGAAUUUUCAAAUUCAAUGCAAUAAUUACCACCUUUGAAAUGAUCUUGGCUGACUGUCCUGAGCUGCGAAAAAUCCACUGGAGUUGUGUGAUCAUCGACGAGGCCCACAGGCUGAAGAACAGGAACUGUAAGCUGCUGGAGGGUCUCAAGCUCAUGGCUCUGGAACAUAAAGUCCUUCUGACUGGAACUCCUUUGCAGAACACAGUGGAAGAGCUUUUCAGCUUGUUAAAUUUUCUGGAACCUGUUCACUUCCCUUCUGAGUCUACCUUCAUGGAGGAGUUUGGAGACCUGAAGACUGAUGAGCAGGUGAAAAAGCUGCAGGCUGUGCUGAAACCCAUGAUGCUUCGAAGACUGAAGGAUGAUGUGGAGAAAAAUCUGGCUCCAAAGGAGGAGACCAUUAUUGAAGUGGAACUGACCAACAUCCAGAAAAAAUAUUACAGGGCCAUCCUGGAGAGGAACUUUUCUUUCUUGGCCAAAGGGGCUAACCAGGCUAACAUGCCAAACCUGCUGAAUACCAUGAUGGAGCUGAGAAAAUGCUGUAACCACCCCUACUUGAUUAAUGGUGCUGAAGAGAAAAUCCUGGAUGAAUUCCGUGAGGUGCACAAUCCUGAGGCUCCUAAUUUCCAGCUUCAGGCCAUGAUUCAGGCUGCAGGAAAGCUGGUGUUGAUCGAUAAGCUUCUGCCUAAACUGAUUGCUGGCGGGCACAAAGUGCUCAUCUUCUCCCAGAUGGUUCGCUGCCUGGAUAUACUUGAAGAUUACCUCAUCCACAGACGGUACACCUAUGAGCGAAUUGAUGGCCGGGUGAGGGGGAACUUGAGACAGGCUGCAAUUGAUCGCUUCUCCAAGCCAGACUCCGACCGCUUUGUGUUUCUGCUGUGCACCAGGGCAGGUGGUCUUGGAAUUAAUCUGACUGCAGCAGAUACCUGUAUCAUCUUCGAUUCGGAUUGGAACCCUCAGAAUGACUUGCAGGCUCAGGCUCGCUGUCACCGGAUAGGACAGAGUAAAGCCGUUCAAGUGUAUCGCCUCAUAACCCGUAAUUCAUACGAGCGAGAAAUGUUUGACAAGGCCAGCCUUAAGCUAGGCCUGGACAGAGCUGUGUUGCAAGCAAUGAAUCGUAGAGGAAACACUAAUGGGGUGCAGCCAUUGUCUAAGAUUGAAGUUGAAGACCUACUUCGUAAAGGAGCAUAUGGAGCCCUAAUGGAUGAGGAGGAUGAGGGCUCAAAGUUCUGUGAAGAAGACAUUGACCAGAUCCUGCUUCGCCGAACACGCACUAUCACCAUUGAAUCAGAAGGAAAGGGCUCCACUUUUGCGAAGGCCAGCUUCGUAGCUUCAGGAAACAGGACGGAUAUCUCCUUAGAUGAUCCCAACUUCUGGCAGAAAUGGGCUAAAAUUGCAGAGCUGGAUAUAGAGUCGAAAAAUGGAAAAGACAGCUUGGUCAUUGACACACCACGCAUCAGGAAGCAGACCAAACACUACAACUCAUUUGAGGAUGAUGAAUUGAUGGAGUUCUCUGAGCUGGACAGUGACAGUGAAGAUAAACCUUCAAGGUCUCGUCGUCUUCACGACAAGACCCGUCGCUAUCUCCGGGCAGAAUGCUUUCGGGUGGAGAAGAACCUGUUGAUAUUUGGGUGGGGCCGAUGGAAGGACAUUUUGUCACAUGGACGGUUUAAAUGGCACCUGACAGAGAAGGACAUGGAGACCAUUUGUCGCACCCUCCUGGUAUAUUGCCUGAAGCAUUAUAAGGGCGACGAGAAAAUCAAAAGCUUCAUCUGGGACCUUAUAACUCCGACAAAAGAUGGACAGAAUCAGGCACUACACAAUCACUCAGGGCUGUCAGCACCUGUGCCCAGGGGGAGGAAAGGGAAGAAGAUGAAGACGCCUCUGUCACAGCCAGAGCUGAAGAAUGCUGACUGGGUGGCUAGCUGUAACCCAGAGGUGCUCUUCCACGAUGAUGGUUACAAGAAACAUCUCAAACAGCACUGCAACAAGGUCUUGCUGAGAGUCCGAAUGUUGUAUUAUCUCAAGCAGGAAGUGCUGGGGGAGGCUGCUGAUAAAGCUUUGGAUGGUAUUGAUGCAAGUAAGCUGGAAGUCUGGAUUCCUGAGGUUGACUACAACGAUAUACCAGUCGACUGGUGGGAUGGAGACUCUGACAAGUCCCUGCUCAUUGGCGUUUAUAAACACGGUUAUGAACGAUAUAAUGCCAUGAGAGCUGACCCAGCACUCUGUUUCCUCGAGAGGGUGGGCAUGCCUGAUGAGACCUCGCUGGCUGCUGAGCAAGGAGGUGUCGACCUGUCAGCAGACAUGAGCGAAGGGGUUGACCUUUGUAAAGGUGAAGACUCUGAGCUAAAGUCUGAUGGACAGUUUAAAGACCAGCCUGAUGAGGACGCAAACUCCUGCAUUGAAUCUGCAAUUAUGGAGAAAGGAGAGGAUUCAAUUUUAGGUCAGGAUGGUACAGACAUUGACCGUCCACAGUGGCCAGUUGCAUCGGUGCUCACAGCCCGUCUUCGCCGCCUCAUAACCAUCUACCAACGCUGCAAUCGCAAGGAGCUGGUGAGGAUGGAAUCGCUGGCUCGCAAUAACCAACGUCGCUGGUAUCGGCAGGAUGAGAUCUGGGGAAGGAUACCAGAAAUGGACAUUAUUAACAUGGAAGUCCAGCAAAGGUGGACAAGGAGGGAGCAGACAGAUUUCUACCGUGUAGUCUCGACAUUUGGUGUGGUAUAUGAUCCAGACAAGAAGCAGUUUGACUGGAACCAGUUCCGCAGUUUUGCCAGGUUGGAGAGGAAAACGGACGGGAGUCUGGAGAGGUAUUUCCGAAGCUUCGUGGCUAUGUGCCGAAAUGUUUGCAGGCUGCCUCAAAGGAAGGACGAGGCUUCAGACCCAAACAUCUUUGUUGAGCCUAUCACUGAAGAACGAGCUUCAAGGACUCUGUACCGGAUAGAGUUGCUGCGCAAAGUACGGGAACAAGUCCUCCGGAGCCCACAGCUGAAUGAACGCCUAAAACUCUGCCGGCCCAGUCUGUACCUGCCUGUGUGGUGGGAAUGCGGUAAACAUGACCGUGACCUCCUGAUUGGCACUGCCAAGCACGGUCUAAGCAGGACAGACUACUACAUCCUGAAUGAUCCUCAGCUUUCCUUCCGGGAGGCGCACAGAAACUACGUGCAGAAUGGGAGCUCCUACUUCCAGAGUGUGCCAGCACCCUGCAGCCAGUCAUCCCUCAACUUCAGCCAGUCCGCUUCACCUGCGUCCACCGUGCUCACUCUGGGGGAGAAGGACAACAUAGAGCAGAUGGAUGUGGAGCAGGAAAAGAUGGAGGAGGCUCUGAAUGAUCCAAGCUCCCAGGCAGGAAUAAUGGGCGACUGCUCAGAAGUGAAGAAUGAAGAGAAUGCUGUUGACUCUGGAACCAAGUGCAGCUCUGCCCAAGCUGACUCGGUGGUGGUGGGCAAUGACUGGGUAGCUGUCAACUACACACAGACCAAGUGUUACACUGUGCCAAAAGCACACGCCAAGGAGGACAUGGGUGGUAUCUGUGCAGAGGCUGAUGCAGUAGAAAGUUCACAGCAGCCUGUGCUUGAACCUUGUAGUGGUGCAGUUCCUACACUAGUGAGAAAUUUGCAGCCUGUCUGUGCUGGUGUUGCCCUGUCACCUGUGAACUGUGUAAACGUGCUGCAGGUGAAAUCCAAUGGUGUGAUAGAAAUGCAGCCUGUAGGUGAGGAGCCAGUGGAUAGCUCAGCACCAGUAUGUGGUGCUGCUGGAAUGCAGUCUUUGUUGGAAGCAGCCCAUGGGACCACCUUGAAGUGCGACCUCAUACAGAACAUGCAGAUAAAAGAGGAAAAUGAAUGUAUAGUGGCUCAGAGGUCGACAGGUGUUACCGAUGGUGAGAGCCCCAUGAGUGAACACAUUUAUAACAUGCAGAUUGACUGUCCAAGCAUAUGUCAUACAGAGACUACAACCAAUUGCACCAAUAAAACGUGGAGCCAAGCUAGCCAGAUGGCUGAAUCAAACUCAUCAACUGCUGUGCCCACUAGUUCGGGAGCAGCCAAUGGCUUCAAGCUGACUGAAGUGGUUUCAGGCAGCAGUCAGCAAGGAGUGGCUGUGGGUGAGGCUAACUCAGCAGAGUCGGUGGGGAUCCUGACUGUUGCAAAGGCUGAAUCAGACCAGCUGGACUUUGAGGCAGUUACCACAAAAAGCCUGCUAAGCAGAACACAGUCGUUUGGAACUGUGUACUCGGCAGUGAAGGCAGCGGAAGAUGAGCCAGAAUCAUCAUCAGCCCCGGAAGGCACUGUUCCCUUAAAGGGGGAGCUGACAGUGAGGCAUCUCCUCGAGGACUGCACGAAGGACAGUCUCUGUGAAACAGAAGAGAAAUCUGAGGAAGAUAAUUCACAACCUGAAGCCAUCCCACUGAAGAACUUUGAUGAGGAGAGCAAUACAUCUACCAGCCUGGUCCAAGAUGAGAUCCAAGACACCCUCCUUCAUGAUAUCCGAGAACCGACCAUUGCUCAGCUCUUACAGGAGAAAACUCUGUACUCUUCAGCUGAGUGGCCCAAGGAUCGAGUUAUCAUAAAUCGUAUUGACAACAUCUGUCACGCCGUGCUGAAGGGGAAAUGGCCGUCAGCACAGCAACAGAACCUGGAACCUGCUGGUGUGAUGUAUUCCAUGGCGGCCCCAGCAGAGACUCUGAACGUGAGGAGCUGCCUCAGUGUCCCCUUGCAGGCUGCACACACUCUCAGCUUUGCUGACAGCUCUGUCUCCUCCCAUCAUUUUGCAAAGCAGGAGAGCUUACUUGCAUUAACGUUCCCGAGGGAUCAGAGGAGGAGAAGGCGGAAAUACGAGUUUGAGACAGAUCGAGGUGCAAAGAGGAAGAGCCAGGAGGAGGCUGUCCCUGUUCUCACUCGCUCUCCUAUAAUUUUCAAUGGGUGGCAGGAAACUGCCAUGGACCUUUCAAAGGCAUCUGAAGAGGCGCCUGGCUCUGUGCCAGUCAUUAUUAGUACAAGCACCCCGAAGUUGGGCUCACUGGACCCCUCGACUGCUUUCAGGGCGGACAUGGCCGGUAUCCUGCAGGCAGGCCUCGUCCAUCCAGUCACAGGACAGGUGAUAAACGGCACCUGUAGAGGAGAUGACUCAUCGAGGAGGAGGAGAGGGCGACGAAAGAAUGUUGAAGGUGUUGAUAUCCUCUUCAUGAAGGAGAAAAAGCCAGAGAAUCUGGACACAGGCCUAUCGAAGCAGCUUUUUUCCGGGGCAGCUCACUCGGCUGACAACAUGGCCAGUAUGAUGAUUAAACUCCCUCAGGGCAAGCAACAACUGGCAAAUGAGGAAGAAGAGAAAAACAAGAGUCUGAUUGAGUGGUUGAGGCAGCAUCCCACAUACACCAUGGAUGUGUCCAACCUGGCUCCUAAUUGCACUGCAAUUUUACAUGGGCUUUCAGAGCGGCCGAAGCAGAGGAGGCAUCGCUGCAAGGACCCCAGUAAACUGGACAUCAAUUCGCUGACUGGGGAGGAAAGGGUACCUGUUGUUCAUAAGGGAAGUGGAAGGAAGCUGGGAGGUGCCAUGGCCCCACUGAUGAAGGAGCUGGCAAGGUGGCUGGAUGCAAACCCAGAGUACGCUGUGGCGCCCGAGUGGGCUGAAAUUGUGAAGCACUCGGGCUUUCUACCAGAGAACAAGUUCAGUCGUAUCCUGACUGAGCCUGUGGUGAAAGAGGCUGGUGCCAGAAAGCGGGGGCGGAGACCACGGAGUGAAAUGGUCAAACCCGGCGGGGUUGUCGGUGACACCACCUCAGCAAUGGGACCAAUGUUCAUGAACGGGCUUAUCGCUGGGAUGGAUCUAGUGAGCCUUCAGAACUUCAGAAAUAUUCAUAACCUUCAGCUGGCCGGACUGAUGGGGUUUCCAGCUGGAUUUGCUGCAAUCCCUUCUGGAGAGGACAGCAAGAACAGCCUGAACAUGUUGCCCAUGAUGUUACCUGGGAUGGCUGGAAUGUCCCAUGUGUUUGGGGUAGGGGGAUUACUGAACAGCCCGUCGGUGGUAUCAGGUACCAGCACUUCAUGUACGUCCACACUGACCACAAGUGUUUCUUCGAAAGCGAGUAAAGGCAGCGAACAGCAGGGCAGUGCUGCCGAGUCGAGGAAACAUGAGGAAGGUUCUCUGUCAGCAGAGAAACCAGGUCCGAGUUCAUCUUUCCCUGACUCUGGGGAAGCCAGAGUUACCACCAGCAAUGUGUUGCCCUUCAACCCAUUCCUACUGCACAGUAUGCCUGCUGGAUUAAUUUACCCUUCCAUGUUCCUUCCACAUGGUGUCGGCAUGGCAAUGCCUGGCUUUGCGCAAGCAGGACACACUGAGGGAGACAGCACUGGAAGCCCAAAGAAAAAGAGAAAGAAAGCCAAGGAGGAGGCUGCAAGUGAUGGAACUGAACCCUGCCCACAGCUAACAAACACAGAAGAGAGCACGAGAAACUCGGCAGACACCACUGCUGUACAGGACAGUUCUGUGCAGGAGACUGAGAAAAACUCUGUAGAUGGUACUCAGAAUGCCGAGUAGAAUUUAUAUUUACUUUUAGGUCAACUUUAGAUUUUCUUGAUUUAAAAAUUUAAACCAUGUUUAUGAUCCCCUCCUGCCUCAAACUGUUCUCUCCCCAAACUACUUUCAAUCCCAUCCACCAAUCCUCCUCCUCACUCACACUGUGUGGGGCUUAGGAAUCUAAAGCAAUUGUGUUAAAAUACAUCUCUGAGGUUGCUUUGAUUGCAAGUUUUAAUUGGUGACUGCAUUCUCCACAGCAUGAGCUAUGCUUGGGUUCUUGCUUCAGAGAUUAUGGUGAGCUAAUCCUUGGAGAUGGGAGGAGAGAGAAGUUAGGAGGCAAAAAUGUCCCAAUCCUCCACCACUUAGACUUAUCACACAAGGGUAUUGUCAGCAGUUACUUGGUGCCUCUUGCUCUAGGCUCUAGUUUUGUAAGUAUUUCACCACCACCACCCCCCCCCCCCCCCUUUUUUUUAAAACACUGGCCACAGGAAAGGAGAGAAGAUUCUACCAGAUUAACUCCCUGGCCAACAAGAUUGAGAGUUUGUGCUUGUUCUGCCUUUACGCAGUACCAGAAGUCUGCUGGUGAGUCUGUUAUUAGGCACAGCCCCAUGGCUUUGUAUCGCACUCUAGUAAACUCUUUAUAGGAGUGCAUACUUCACACAAUAGCUGUUCCACUUUCUGUUGCACUAGAAUCAGUUAAAGUGUUUAAUGUUGGCAGAAGAGAAUAUGCAAAUAAAAGUUAAAGUGAUUCUUCUUUAGGACAAAUCCCCUUGAAAAGUUUGAAAAUUGGAGUUUUAAAAGAUAGAUUAAAAUUUACAACAAAGCAUGAACAGAAUUAUUCUUUCUAUGAACUGAGGAACCAGUUAGAAAGCUCAGUGAGAAACCAAGGGGAGCUACACUGUAUGACUGACAUUCUCAACAUGUAUACCAAGAUGUGUAACUUUGUAGCCCUGUGUGAUGCACAAAACAGGUUAUUUUGAGCCAAGCAGAUGUAAAUACUGGUGCUGAUCCAUAAAGGUAAAUUAAUGACGUGAAACUCCAAUCAUAGAUUAGUUGCUUUUCAUAAAUACAGAAAACGCUGGAAGUUUACAGGUCAGACAGCAGCUAUCGAGAGAGAGUAAGAUGGUAUUGUAUUAGGUUUGUGACCUCUCUUGAAAAAGUCAUCAACCUGAAUCAUUCACUCUUCUCCACAGCUGCAACCUGAUCCAAUGAGUAUUUUUGGCUUGUUCUGUUUCCAAGUUCAUCUGCAGUUUUUGCUUUUUAAAUAGUUGCUUAUAACUAGUACGAGUUGAAGAUCACCUGCUAAGGAACUGACAGAUAUCAUGCCUUGCUUUUGCGUGCUGUCAGCAACUAGAAUCUGUAUCAGUUCUGUCUGCUCAUCCUGCCAAUGUGCCAGCAGGCUGGUAUUUAGUAGCCAACCUUGCCACAGGUUCCAUCUCCCUUCCCUUGUGCACACCUCCACCUCUGCGCCAAAUCCACAAGACGGUAUUCUGGAAUUCAAAGUCUUGGCUUAUCAAAUUAUGUAACACCUUUAGAUGGUAUUGCUGACCCCUGUAGUGAGGUGUUGGCACACUGGUUUCCACGUUGCAAGAUUCUGAAUCCUACUGUAGUAAUUUAAAAAUGAAAUACUGAGUAGGUGUGUGAAUGGAAGAUGAGGUUUUUCUGUUACUGUAUGACACAUUUUUUUGUAUUUUAGUUGUUUUACGAGGGUGGGGAGGGAGCCAGGUUAUAAUCAAAUAUGUUCUGCCUUUUUAGCCUUUAGUUAGAGAAUUUUUAUUGAUUUUUAAGCGACAAGAAAAACUUUUAGAACGGUCACUAAAGACCAAUUUUAUUGAUGACUUUCUGAACCCACUCCAUUACAAGUUGGUCUCUUGUUUUCAGAGUGGGUGGCAGUGCGAGUCCUUCGUUAACUUGGAGGAUCAGUGAGCCUGGGUUAGUAUUAAAUGAUAAAAUACCCCUUUUCUCUGCAGUCUGCACUUCCAACAUUUAGCUUAGAAGAUGCCGGAAUGCAGUUUUAAUUGUGGCUGAUUAACAGAAGAAUAUCCUACAGUGAAGUGAUAUUACAGUGGCAGCAUGAAUGGAAAGAGAUUUUAACUACACUCCCUUCCUCUUCGCCUACCGUUUGCUGCUUUGACAAUACCAGCAUACUGAGGCAAGAGGUGGACACUGGCCUCCGUUCAACCUGGCAAGGAGUCCUGGUGCUGGGUUCCAUGACUGAGCUUGGACAUGAAGCUUUUGAUGAUGGUUUAUUUCCAAAGGGAAUAUCAAGUUUUGAAGUAUUCAAAGUUUACUGUCCAUUGAAGUUUUUUUUUGAAAAACAUUGAUUUUCAUUUUCUUUACUGUUACAACCUUACAUAACUUAUGGAUUUGUGCCGAGGUCCAAUGUUGAGUCAUAUAUUUCGUUACUACAUUAUUUAUUCAUCUGUUGAAUGUCUAUGUGUUUUUAUUAUAUAUAAUAAUUAUUCUGAAUCACUAACUAUAAAAUUCUGUCUUGUUUUUUUUUUAAACCCUAAAAGGCAAGCAAAUGGCCUGAUGUUUGCACGGUGUAUUCAGCAGUUUGAAGUUAGAAAAGUAUUCCAAAAUCUUUUAUUGGCGAUGUUUUACAAAAAUGCACUGUAUUGGAUGAGACAGUAUCCCAUGUUUAUCUGCCCUCAGUUAUAUUAAUCCAAAUCACUUCUGGGAAAUUGUACAUUGUAGCUAGUCUCUUACUGUGCAGAGUUGCUCUCUGUGAUAUAUUAUGCAGCAAUUAACCCUGAAUCUUCCUGAAACAAUCCAAAGAUUCUACAAACAAUAGCAUGGUAAAUGUGGAUCUGUUUGUUAAUUGUUUCAUAAAUAAUGCUGCUUUGUACAAAAUUGACAUAAAAGAGUUAAAGGUAUCAGAAAUUGGGUGACUAUACUCUAUUUUGGUGCUCUAGCCAUUGCCUUCCUCCAGCUCGGUUGCAUCUGUUACAGUCCUGCCCAUCUGCUGCAUAUGAGCUCAUAGGUGAACAUGCCUUGGUUAAAAUCAUCAAGCAAAGAAAGGCCUAAGUCACACAGAUGGUUGUGAAAAGAGCAACACACAAAACACUGGAGGAACUCAGUAGGUCAAUCCAGCAUCUAUGGAGAGCAACAAACAGUUGAGGUUUUAGGCUGAGACCUUUCAUCAGGACCAAAACAUCAACUGUUUAUUCCUUUCCAUAGAUGCUGCCUGCCCUGAUAACUUCCUCCAGUAUUUUCUGCACGUUGCUCUGGAUUUCCAGCAUCUGCAGAAUCUCUUGUGUUUAAAAUUGCGAGAAGAGGCCAAAUCCCCUUGUAUUUGUUUACUUUAUAAGAUACUUCUGAUACAAUUUUGAAUUCAGUUUGGACAUGUCUAGUAGUCAGCUUGUGUUUCAUAUCUUCAUAAUAGAGGGUUAAUCAAGCAGGACUUGAGUAAAGGCCUGGAUGCAGGUAGCCUUCCUCUUUCAAGGUUAAGUUUAAAUAAAAACUUAAAAAUUGGAUGGAGGACCAGUGUCUUUCAAUAGAGGUGUUUAAAAAGCCUUUGUAAGACAGCUGCGAGCUAAGCCCAAGUGAACCCACAACAAUGGUAGUUACUGAUGGCUGAAAGAAUUUAAGACCUAGAGCAUUACAGCACCAGAAAUAGGCCCUUCAGUCCAUCCUGCCCAUGCCAACCUGAUCUUCUGCUUAGUCCCAUCAACCUGCACUUGGACCAUAUCCCAUAAAACUCUUCUCAUCCAUGUACCUAUUCAAACUUAAAUGUUACAAUUCAACCCACAUCCACCAUUUCCACUGGCAGCUCAUUCCUCGCUCUCGCCACCCUCUAAGUGAAGAAGUUCACCCUUGGGUUCAUUUCACCUUUCACUCAGCUAAUCACUGCUAGUUCUAGUCUCACCCAAUAUGAGGGGAGAAAGUCUACAUGCAUUUGCACUAUAACCCCUUAUAAUUUUGUAUACCUCUGUAAGAUCCCUAUUAAUUCUCCUACACUCUAAGGAAUAAAGUCCCUUCUCUGUAACUCAGGUUAGCACCAUAUAGCGGUGACUAUGCUGGAGUAGGGUGGAGGCACACAGAGCAGGUGCUGGGCCUAACCACUGGGGCCAGAAUCCACCACUGCUCUACCAACACUGGAAAAACUUUCUAGUCCACACAGCCUCCAGGUCCUGAUCAGGCUACCCCAUCAGUAUGACUUCCAAACAAAUAGUUUCAAGUGAAUCCUGAUGUUGACCUUCAACUUUGCUUUUUUUCACCUUCCUGGUCACCACCCAAACCUGUCUCUCUUCUCCCCCAUCCCAGUGAAAAGUGAGACACUAGAACAGAGGAGAUCACUCUACACAAUUCAGUUAUCUCACCCCUACCUUGCAGAAUUUGCAAAUAGAUUCCAGCAACCAGGAGUGAACUGUCACAUCUGCAAUUCCAUAAUUUGUGCCUCCAAUGUUGGAGUGAUAUUUGCAAUUUUCCAUCCAGAGCAUAAUUCAUGUAUCUUUGCAGCGUUGAGAAAUUAAGGCUGACAUUUUGAACUUUCUUUGCAUGUUUCUUAUUAUAUUCUGGGAUACAAAUCUUUGUCUAACAUAAGUUCCAUUAUUGACUCAUUGUCUAAUUCAUAUAUCUAAAUACCCAAAAUUUUCAUUUUGAUUUUCUGUGUAACUGAUAUUUUUCCUCUUUCAGUGAUAGAGCACAAAGCAAUUAAUUAACUUGCCUGCCAUUUCAUUAGCGUCCACUGUACUUUGUCAAUUCUAACCAGCCCAUUGAAGAUGCUGGAAGAACUCAGCAGAUCAAACACCAGGGGUAGAAACAGCCAAUGUUUUGGGCCAAGAUACUUCCUCGGGGCCUGAUGUAAGGUGUCAGCCCAAAAUAUUUCCCUCUGUAGAUGCUGCCUGACCUGCUGAAUUCCUCCAGCAUUUUGUGUGUGUGGCUCUGGAUUUCCAGCAUCUGCAGAAUCUUGUUUCUAACCAGCCCAUAUUCAUUUUAACAAAUCUCAAAAAUUCAAAAGAACUUCUUUAUUCCUUUUCUAUAUGUUUCUUUCUUCUGUUAGGUUCCCAACUUUCAUUUGAGCAAAGCCUUUUCCUCAUUGAGUUUUUUUUUGCUUAAAUGUAAAAUUGGAUCCACUGAAUUUUAGAGGAAUCUUUGGUCCCUUAUUCAAAUUUGGCUAGUAGUAAGGUUUGGUUUUCCACCUGAAUCUUGCAACAAGAGUCAAUCUUAAGGGAAGAUUGUUCAACAUUUUGUAAAUUACGCUGUCCAAUUCCUUGAGUUAAUUUUGAUCAUGCUUGUAUCAGUCCUCAAUUUGUCAAAUGGAGACACAGACUACAGUGGGUUGAGCAACCUCUGCAGAGGCAAAGGGUGGGUAUGUGUUUUGUGUUGAGGCCUUACUUCAAGUGCUGCAUGACCUGCUGAAUUUUUCCAGCAAUUUGUUUUUGCUCUGGAUUGAAAAAAGUUAGAUGACAUAACUCUGAGCCCCAAGUUGUUCUUGUCAGCAGCCACAAUAAUGUGUUGCAAUUAUUGGUGUUCUUCAGUGGUAAUGCAGAUUCAGAGACAGGCAAAGGCAGACCUCAGCAUUGCUUUGAAUUGUCAGUGAAAAUCGCAGGUGGCAGACUAGAUAACCAACUGCCACAAAUUGUUACAAGGAUUGAUGGGCAGUUACUGGAGCAAAAUGCAACACUUCUUGGAGUAAAUUUUUGCACUCAUAAUGGCACUCCCAUCUUUCAUUAUUAUUUUAGUCUCCAUCAUUGUUUUAUUGGGGACAAAAAUGGUGCAAGUCUAUUCCAAAUGAUACAGUUUAACAGACAUAAAUAUUUUUUCAAAUUGCUUUGGAGGAGAGUCUAUAUGGCUUCAGCAAACCAUUAACUGGGAGUGUCUUUUUAUAACAUGAUAGCUCUUACUGUGCAGUGCCCUGUGCAGACUUGCCAUUUCCUGCUACAAGAUUUUAACACUAAAAGCUUGGCAAAGAGGAAAAAAGAUGAAAACUUCUGAAACCAUUCCUGUUUGCAGAUAAGCCCUAUAGUUAUGUAAUUAUGUGUUUUUAAAAAUAAAAAAAUGAGAAUUUGAUGCAGAAUGCGCACUAGGGAGCUACUUUGAGUCAGAUCUGGUUGGAAUGUAUCCUUUUACUUGAACUCUACAAAGUAAUCUCACAAAGUUUAAUUUUAUGGGUCUGGAUCCCUGUCUAAAGAGCACAUUAUAGAAAGGUGGCUUCAGUUCAUAAUUUUGUUUUUGCUCUUUCUGGUAAAUUAAUGCUGAUGAAACCAGUAACUGGGUACCUGUGAAGGGAUUGUGUGGAUGGGACAUGUCAGUUAGCAGAAGCAGACCAGGGUGAAUGAACUGCAGUGGUUUAAAAGCUGUGUUUGAAACAAGUUGCAUUUAUAUCACAAGGCAAGCUGUAUAUUAUGGGAAAAUGAGCACAAAUUGAGAUUGGGAAGGGGAGUGGGCUACAUAUCACAAGGCCAGACCUUCUGUAAAUAUAAAAAUAUACUUGACAUUCUUUAUUUAAAAUGCAGAGGGACUCUAGAAAAUUAUAGCAAUAAAUUAGAGAACUGUUAUGUGUUGUAUAAAGAAUUUGUGAAGUAUAUUUCUGUUCCUCUGUUCAUUUCAGCAGGCUUUGUUUUGUAAUGAGGCCACUGUAGAAUAAUGAGUAAAAAGAAAAAUUAAAAAAAAACUUUAGAACUGCUUAGACACUCUGUUACACAAUGGCAGUGGAAAGUGAAACUAGACUGUGUGUAGUUUCUUCUAUUUAUCCUAUUAAUUUGUUGAGUUUUACUUUUUUAUAGGUAUUCUUUUUGUGUAAUUUAUAUAUAGGUGUACAGACUAUAUGCUGGUCACUGGUUCCACACAGUUUCCCUUUGAGAAAUGUUUUUAGUUUGAUGUACUGAUUUUGUUUGGAUCAGAUGGCAGCACUGAAAAAUUAUGUCUUCUUGUAGACCGCCCCACUUAAAUCAACGAUUUUCAAUGUUUCAGUGUUCAUGAAAGGUAUGUGUGUUCUUGUUACCUUGUGCUAACUAGACCCAGAAAUAGCUGGAAGAGCUAGAGUUAAUUUCUAACUGCAUUUGCAGUUUGCUUAUUGGUUUUGGAGGAGGGGUGGGAAAUGAGUCAAACGUUUCAAGUGAAGCUGGAAGAUAAAUCUUCAACCCUUUUGAAAUUAUUACAUGUUAAACUGGCAAUAGAGAAAAUAUCACAGCAGGAAUGACCUAACUAAUGUAUUUUACCACUCUACCUGUUUCACAUCUCCAUCACACUGAUUGAUCUGCUGUUUACACUUACAGCUGAGCUGGUGUCCAUCAACCAAAGGCUGGUAGUAGCUUUGGAGUUUGUCACACAACACGCUCUUCCACAUGUUGGUUUCUAUAAAGUGUGGCGUGUCUCCUCUGUCAUUCCAUUCCAAAAGUUGUUUGGACCUUGAGGUGUGAAACAGACAUCACUUACCCAUGAGUGCUUACUGGGUCCUGCAGAACUUGCUUCAUGAUAGUGUAGUUUGACUUUGGAAUAUUCCAAUCAGCCCUGAAAGUGUUUUUUUUUCAGUCGAGCAAUUCCAGUAACCUGGCAUUAGGUAUAAACUGUUCAGUGAUGAUUCAAACACUGUGUUUAUUAAAUUUUUGUUUCCACUGUUGUUUCCAUUGUGUUGGAAACAGAAUAAAAUUUAAUUAUCAAUAAAAGAAAAGAUAAAUGGAAGUUCAUAACUUUUAUAUUUUAGAUGUCUUAAUUUCUGAAUUAUUACUAUAUGCUGUCUGAUGUACAGCUAUUCUAAAGACCAUAUUGUUACAAUCUUCAAAACGUGUGCCUCCGUUGUCUGAUGGGUACAAGACUGUCUUCAGAUUCAUCAAGCUCAGCUUCCCCUUCCAGGUGUGAUCAGCUGAAUCUGUCCCUAUUAACUAAGAAAAUAUUUUAUCUGUUCUCCCAAAUCAAUAAUUUAGAUAGCCUGAAAGUAAUAACUGCCUGGAGAAAAUGGGGGAUGAGUAUUCUAGAGUGCUUGUCCUGUCAGGUUUUCUCUGGUGGUCGUGGUUGGUCAAGGUUCAUGGUCAUGCCUGUGGCCAGCAUCACUGUUCUGGCAUGACAGCUGUGUGGCAAGAAAUUCUCAAAAAGAAGAGAAUCAAGUAGCAGAUUUCUGAGACAGUUGUCAGACAAAUUAUGACUUACUUUGCUUUAUACUCUUGUGAUUGAAUAGUUUCUAAGUCCUACCAAGUACGAGAGAUCUCUUCCCCCAUUCCACACCCUCUCCCCAAUGGACCUAGGUCACCAGUUGGAGCUGGCUUCCAAAUGUAGGAGCAUCUAGGCAUUGGGUAUGAAGAAUAUGUAUGGCAACCAAGGCUUAUUCUAAUUGUGGUUGCCCUCGUCUCCACUAAAGGCAUCAUGGCUUGGGAUUCUCUCUGCUCUUCGAUCGUUUACCACUUUCCUGUUCUUAACAUUAAGCCUUAGAAUACAUUGUUUUCAAAUUUAGUUGCAAUACUACGCUGAAGUACUGAAUACCUCAUUUAUUUUGUAACAGUAUCCCCAGUUCUACUGAUAUGAUUGCUCUUGUAUCCUAAUCCUGUACCUGACUUGUUGAAAGCCUCAAUAAAAUGUUAACAUCCUGGUA